UCAACGGGACCAAAUAAUGUAGCACUGGUUGAAGGAUCGUCCUAUUCAUCAUUUACCUGCACUUCAUACGGAUACCCUAGUCCAAACAUAGAAUGGUACCAUGAUGGUGUUCAGCUUCCACACACUCAGAUCAAUACAACUAUGACCUCGUCUGGAAACAGAACUUCUCCAGCAUCUUAUACCAGCAUACUACCUCUAACGAAUGUGGAAUAUGCUGACCGUGGGCACUACACAUGUGUGAGCAGUGUGAACAAUACUGGAUUUGAUGGCAGCAGUCACAUGAUCAGUACUGUCAAUGCAACCGCAACACUAUCUAUCUUCGUUGCUCCUGAAAUCUCAGCUGGAUCAAGAUUUGUGGCAUUAGCCGAAGGAUCGUCUUCUUCGUCACUAAGCUGCACUUCAUACGGAAAUCCUAGGCCAAACAUACAAUGGUUACAUAGCGGUAUACAACUUCCACAGACUCAAAUCCAUACAAUACUGACCUAUCCUGGACAUGGAACAUCCCCAUCAUCUUAUACCAGCACACUAACUUUAACUAAUGUGAGUUAUGCUGACCAUGGAGAAUACACAUGUGUAGCUAAUGUAAACAAGACUGGAUUUGAAAACAGCAGACAAGUGAUCAGUACAGCCAAUGCAACCACAACACUAACUGUCUACACUCUACCAGUCGCAAUUCCCCUGAUUGGGCAUUUGAUCGGUUAUACAGAUUCUUCAGUUGACAUGGUGGUCAAAUAUUCAUCACCCGGUUUUCCAGCUGUGCCGCCAAACAACAUCACAUGGACAAAGACUGGUGAUUCGUCAUGGAAUGGGUUUGCAUCCAGGUAUUCAUUAUCAACAGAUAACCUUACACUGACCAUUUCAGCUAUCCAGUACAAUGACACUGGUGUAUACAACGUCAAACUGGGAAACUUAGCUGGAGACAUAACUGUCAAGUUUUACUUGAGUUAUUCAGACCUACAGACUUACUCUCUUUCUCAUCUUAUUGGUGGUACUUUCGGCGGAUUGGCUUUCGGACUUUUGGCUGUGCUCCUACUGGCAAUUGUCUUCUUGAGGCGAAUGAAAAACAAAUAUAAUUUGCCUGAGGUCGAUCUGCAAAUUGGUCAGAUCCAAAACAAAGCUUAUGAGGAUGAAGUUGCUUUUGAAGAGACUACACUCACUGCCAGCGCUACUCAUGGGACUGUACCAACCUUAGAGGAGUUAACAAUAUAACACUAUUCACCUGUAUGCUCUUUAGCUCAGCACGAAUAGUUUUCCGUUCAUUCCACUUUCCUUUACCUCGUGCACUGCAUUGUAGCUUAACUUUCAUCGUCUGCUUUCAUUGUUUGCCCUUUGACAAGUGUUACUUUGCCUAAAAGUCAUUCAUUGUCUUAAAAGGCGGGUAAAAAUUUUUUUUUGGAUGUAAUGACUAUUUGAGUCGGCUUUCGUGCGUCACCAGCGAAGUACUAGAUUAAAAGUAAUAUUUCUGCAGGCCCUCUGAUUUGCCUAAUUCUGCACAAAUAUGAUUAUUGCACGUUUCAGCCGUUCGCUUUCGCUCCUCUGAAGGCACAAUUGCCUUAUGCUUUCUGUUUUCCAGAACCAUUUUGAAAAUCCUUUAAUGUACUUGCACUCUUUCUCAAAAGCA